AUGCCUCGUUUCGACGAUGCUGACUUCGCGGUUGUGUCUGCCCCAGGCACUCCUCGCACUGAGGGCCCAAAUCCCUUUGCAGCUGUCCGCCCUGGUGUCUCGAGAGGCAACAGCACUCUGGCCAUUCCCGGUGGAAAUGGAAACACUGUUGAGAUUCCUGCCUCCCGCAGUUCGAUCAGCGACGCCGCUGCAUUGAUGCACAACUUGAGCCUGUCGCCCUCCAUGAAGGAGCGUCGCGGUUCGCGCAACUCAUUUGGAACAUCGCUCCCGAUUCCUCGUUCUCCCCGUCACUCUCGACUAUUGUCGAAGCGACCUGGCGUUUCUCAAGACAUCCUGGCCUCUCAGGUCCAGGACAUGUCCAAGGAAAAGGUUGCCGCCGCUAAGAAUAUGGCAUUUGCUUUCGAUAUCGACGGUGUAUUGGCACAUGGCAACGAGCCUAUCGAGGAGGCCAAGCUAGCUCUGAAGAUGCUCAAUGGCGAUAACGAGCUAGGUAUCAAGAUUCCCUAUAUUUUGCUCACCAACGGUGGUGGUAAGACUGAGAUUGCUCGUUGUGAGCAGCUAGCUGGGCUUUUGGAGAGCCCUAUCUCCACCGACCAGUUUAUCCAAUCGCAUACUCCUAUGCAGGCCCUGGCUGAAUAUUACGAGACCGUUUUGGUGUGCGGUGGUGAGGACUUCAAGGUCCGUGAGGUCGCUGAAACUUAUGGUUUCAAGAAUGUUGUUCACCCUAAGGACAUCUUGGCGUGGGACCCUACCGUUUCCCCGUGGGGUAUCUUCUCUGAGAAGGAUCGCGAGAACGCUAAACCUCGUGACUUCUCCAAGAUGAAGUUCGACGCUAUUCUGGUUUUUGCCGACUCGCGUGACUACGCCACCGAUUUCCAGAUCAUCAUGGAUCUGCUCCUAUCUGAGAACGGCAAGCUUCUCACCCGCGCUAAAGACCCUGUCGCCAGCCGUAUUCCCAUCUACUUCUCGCAGGGUGACUUGGUGUUCCCUACCAACCACAAGGGACCUCCCCGUUUGACCCAAGGUUCUUUCCGUAUCGCUAUCGAGGCCCAAUACAAGGCCCUCACUGGUGUUGAGCUGGAGCGUGUCGUUUACGGCAAGCCUGAGCGUGCUACUUACACCUAUGCCGAUGAGGUGCUCAAGAACUGGAUGGAGCAGAUCCAUAACGAGAACACAUUGCCCCAGAAUGUCUAUAUGGUGGGUGAUAACCCGCAGUCUGACAUUAUUGGAGGUAACAUGGCAAAGGAGGGUGAAAAUGAUGCUCACAACCCUGCCAACUUCGGCGUCUUUGAGAACGUCCUUGAAGCCGUCAAGGCCGCCGUCCGCAAGGAGCUUGGCCAGGAUUUCAAGUUGAAGUGGAACCCUAAAGUCAACCCUGUGCUUCACGGUGACGAUUCUUCAGCCGUCGCAUAG